CUUAUCGCUGUCGUCCGUGUGCGUUGUUGGGUCCCAUGCCCAGUCCAUCCAUUUCUUUUUUUUUCUCGUCUUGACUCUUGAGCAGCAAUUGCAAAGUCAUUGGCUGCAUUCUCUCCUGAUUCCAUUAUACGAGCUCACACAUUAUCUUGAAUACUUCGAUACCCUGUAACCUUCGACUGUCAUACCGACCAAGUGUACAGUCAUGGAUACUUUGACGUUUAGCCCUCCCGCAGCAAUUUACCAAGAGCAUGGCCGGCAUUCGCCUCCCAUAUGUCGCAAGCGCAAGCUGAUUGAGGGAAAUGGUGUCGAAGAAAAUGGGAAAUCGAAACGCUUGCAUGUGGGUCCAUGCCCCAAUACACCUCCAUUUACCAUGCCCUUCUUCCCACCACCAGCGGAAAUGAGCUGCAAUGGCAAUGUGAUGCAGUGGCCCGUUCCUGGAAUUGAUCCCCACCUUUUGCAACAGCAAUUAGCAGAGUUGCAAAAGGCCUUGCCUGGACCGACGUUUGGGAUAUCAGAUAUCCAGCAGCGUCAUGUGGACCGGAGACUGGAACCUUUGAUGGACAUUUAUGAUUUUGGGAAAGUACAUGAAAGGCUGCUGGCUUGUGGAGAGAGUGAACCCAUGUUGUUGGAUGAGAUUCCGCCAUCAUUACAAUCCUCAUCAAGACCCAACCUUCGCCGCUCAUCCUCUGAUAUGUCUCUAUGUACCUCUCCAUCCCACCAUAUCUCCCAAUCUGUUUCCCUUUAUACUCCCGUUCCAUCUCCGCAGCGAUCUCCCGGAAGGGCGCCAGGAUCUGCCCCAAUGUCUCCCGGAAUGCACCGACAAAUAUUUUCAAUGGGCUUUCGAAGGGAUUGUGACAAGUGUCGGAUGGGUGUACCAGGACAUUAUAUGCACGUCAUGCAACGUUGAAUCUAGAUACCCUUGGACCCUUUUUUCAAGGAACCAUUGUUGGAGUGGGAUUGAUCAGUGUUGGGGUUAGAGCUGCCAGAAUAUCUUGUAUAUAGUAAUAGACUGCCGCACGAGAUUCCCCGCAUGUUUUACUGUGCAAGUUCCG